UGGAACUCUAUAAAGAAGUACGUACCAAAACACAAGCACGCGUUUUGAGAUAAUGGAAGUUCCUACGUUGCAUGACAUUUGUCUUAGGACUGUCGCAACAUUAAGUGACACUCUUGGAUGGGAACUCAUGAAAGAUUUACCACAGCAUGUUCUUUCAAGUCUGAUCGAACUUUUACCCUUUUUAUGUCUGAAUGACAUCCACGAUGGAUUACUAGAUAGAGGUGUUGAUCCUCAGCAUGUGUGGAUGAAACAUUACAGAGAGGGAUUCAAGUACUCUGGAAGAAGAGAAUUUUGGUUGCUGCAACAGAGUAGUAAUGAAUGUGAUUGGAGACAACGCUACUUAGAUUUUUGUUCAAACAAAUUACUAAGGCAGAUUGCGCAGUUCCAAAGACUCUUUUGUGAUGAUGUUGUUAAUGACAAGAUCACUAAGGCCCUCACAAAUCCUCUUGAUUCAAUAGUGCAGCAUGGGCAUGUCAACAAAAACAAGUCUCAUUCCAAGUAUUCACCAAAGGCGAUCAAUAUUUGGGGAAGUGCUUGUAAUAUCUUGUCUACUAAUACUGUUGCUAAAGACAUUCUGACAGAUACUGUGGAAGAGGUUACUUUUGAACAUCUGGUGUCAUCACAAGUAGAUAAAGUUCACCAGCUAAUAUGCCAUUUGUUGAUGCAAGGACACAUUCAUACAAUCAACAUUAAGGAUGUUAAAUCUACUUUUUUCAAUGAAUUUUUCAAGUGUCUUAGACUGAGAAGCCAAAUUUCACCUGGUGAUGGAAUCCAUACUUUCAAUCCAUCCCAUAAUAGAUGUGCAGAAAACAGUGAACCAGAUCUUGUCUUGCCACCCAGCAUUUGCAAUGCAUUGUCUAGGUUGAAAAGAGUUUCUCUAGUUAGUGUUGAAUUUCAUGAAGCAAGUCUAAAGAUACUAAAGAGCCUGUUCCUAAAUAUGGACAAAUUAGAUGAAAUUGAAUUAAUAGAUAAUGGUAUACCAAGCACCAUGAAUGUUUUGACUUGUCUCGGUUUGCUCACUGAUGACCGCCAACGAUCACUGUCUAUAAUUAAAUAUGAACAUAAUGCGAUUUUAGGUUGCUUUGCAACAAUCCAAGAAAUUAUACGUCAUCAAGGCCACAUAGAUACAAUUUGCUGCAUCACCCAUCUUUCAUUGGAGUUUUGCUCAAUGACUGAAUUACAGUUGUAUCAGCUAUUCAGUGUGCUAUCAGAAAAUAAGAAAAUGAUGUUUUUAAGUGUAUAUGGGAAUCAGAUAGACAGCAUGCAGCCCUCACUGUUAAAGCUCUUUCAAGAUGGAUGCCUGCAGGGUUUAGACCUAGGCCAGACUAAGUUUACCCUAACAGGAUCUGGUGUUACCACAGAUUUUGUGACUGAACUUUUGGCAACUAUGAUGACCAACAGACACUUGAGGUACCUAGGGCUGGCUUCUACUAUGCUUAGUGAUGCUUGCCUCUUGAAACUUGCAACUGGAAUCACAGAUGAGGCUUUUGAUUCAGAACUAUAUAGCAUAGAUAUAAGCUUCAACAGGAGAAUAUCUCCUGAAGGUUUGAGAGCAUUUGGGCAAGAACUUUUACUAAGCUUUAAGCCGACAAAACUAAGAUAUCUACGGCUUCAACAUAACUAUACUUCGGGUCUAGAAUCUGAUUACUUCAAGGACCUUCACAAUGUUGUUAAUGUCCACAAAGCAGGACCAUCCGAGGAUGCAGAGACUGACUUUAAUGACCAUGUGGCCAACAUGUAGAACAUACAGUAAGACUGUUAACAUAUACAGGUAUGGCCAGUCCUGCUGUAUUAUUCAACAAGGGAAAACCCAAUCAGUGUCCAAAUCAGCAUUCCAUUGGGCCCUUCGGUGGUCAGUUGAUGGUCAGUGAUGAAUAUUUGUAAGAAAAGGAAGAAAGAAAAACAGCAAUAUUUUAAUCAAUGCUGAUCUCAAGACAUUUUAAUGUUUUUCAAAAUUAAUCGAAGGUCUACUUUCGGGUCGCCGAUGCCAGCAACUCAACAUUAGGUUGUAGAGGUCUUGGGAGCAGUGCCGUGGCCAUUCCAUUCGAUAGUGCUCCUUAAGCUUCUCCUUCAGGUUCCGCAACUUGAUGUCAGCAUAAGGAAUCCCACCUGAGGAAGCAAGGAUUAAUUUAGCCAUGGAGGGAUGUUCAGGUGAUAUUUUACUAUGCAUUUAAAAGUUUAGUAGUCAUAAAUUUUCUUCUAUAUUUGAUUCUGGAUAUGUGAUACAAUAUAUAUUCUAGCCAUUGAUUGAUUGAUUGAUAGAAUAUGUUUCUACUUGAAUAAUGUUGUUUUGAUCACUUGAAAAAUAUAUUUUCUCUGGACCAGUUGAUAUUUUUUAUGUAAAGUUAAUAUGCAGCCCAUGCUUUCUUUUCUUUACCUUGUUUACUUGUAACUAAUCUGAGUUAAUUUUAUGAAAAUAUCAUUAUCAUACUCUUUGUAAAAUCUCUGAUCACUUGGUUGACUUCAAAAUUAAUUUGUUUUUGUUGUACCUGUAGUUGUUUGUUAAGACACUUUUCUUCUAAUCCCAGGAUUCAGGGUUCAAAUCCUGUCACAACUUACAUUUUUUCUACAUGAUUUUGAAAAGCUCAAGUUCCUAAGCCUCAUAAAGAUACUUAGUUUAUAAAGUAUUCUGGGUUUAAUGGGACAACAAUAGUACAAUACCGAACAUGUUUCAAAUAUAAAUUUU